AUGUCGCAACCCCACGAACUUCAACCCGAGUACGACGAGAACGGACGUCCUAACCCGUAUCGCUCGGCGAGUCAAUGGCGCCACCAGGAGUCGGGCGCCUAUGCCAAGCAUGCAGGUGAAGCGCGCGACCCUCACACGGCGAGCGCCAACACAAAAGACCUGACCAACUUUCUCAACUCAACCAGAGUAGAGCCCGAGCAGCCCAGCACAGACGGCGCUGGCAGCUUCCAACCCAUCGUGAUUGACGAAGGGCAUGGACUUACGGACGGAGCUAGGGAUGCGCAGGCGCUGAGCCAUGAUGGCAAAGAGGUUAUCUGCGGUCCGCUCCUCAACUACCGUCGCCAAGAGGGCAAUGUCUGGUAUGGCAGUGUUCUCAUUGUGACCAAGGGAGGAGGCAAGGUUCAGCACUUUCAGCCUACUCUGCAUAUAGGACGGGUUGAGACAGCCGACAGUCAACAUGGUCUCGUCGGAGAGGGCGCUGGGGCCAGUGGGGCCAACCAUACCAACGGGGCCAUCAACACUCAGCACGGAACGGAGGUGCUGGGAAAGUGCCUCUACUCGGACCCGCGUAACACAUUCUGGCAGUUCUCCAUCACUUGUGAUAUGUUGGAAGUCGAGACCAAGUGGGCAUACUCCAUUACCGAUGUGCGCUACAAGAGCUCAACGCAGUCUUCCACCAACUACUUUUUUAUUCCGGCUACGACCGAGUCGAUGAGAAUCAUGUUCCAUUCAUGUAAUGGAUUCAGUGUCGGAACUGACGAAGACGCCUGGAGCGGUCCGGCCCUCUGGAACGAUGUGCUGCGACGCCAUGCUGAGAACCCCUUUCACGUGAUGAUUGGAGGAGGUGAUCAAAUCUACAAUGACGGUAUUCGUGUGGAUGGUCCACUUAGGCCAUGGAGUGACAUUGGCAAUCCCAAGAAGAGAAGAGAUUAUCCCUUCCCUGGAAAGUUGCGUGAUGAGUGCGAUGAGUACUAUCUCCAUAACUAUCUCAGAUGGUACUCGACUGAGCCCUUUGCCGAGGCCAAUGGACAGAUUCCGCAGCUCAACAUCUGGGAUGACCACGACAUCAUCGAUGGUUUUGGUUCAUAUGUCAACGAGUUCAUGAAGUGUGACGUUUUCCGUGGCAUUGGUGGAACCGCUCACAAGUACUACAUGUUGUUCCAGCACCACUUGGCACCACCGGCCUCGACUUACACCACCGACGCCCCUACAACCAUGGAGGCCGGUGAUGGAGUGGAUAAGAACCAGCUGCAAGACACAUUUGUCUCGGAGCCCACCUUGCAGUCGGAGCCCGGCUACAUUGUUGGACACAAGCCGGGUCCUUAUGUCGCCGAGCACUCGAUGAACAUGUUCUCGAGACUAGGAGCUCGCAUUGCAUUCCUGGGUAUCGAUGCCCGAACAGAACGUACUCGACACCAGGUGAACUACCCUGAGACUUAUGACUUGAUUUUUAAUCGCUUGCGAAGCGAACUUGGUGCUGCGCAGCAAUCGGGCAACCCUUACAAGCACAUGAUUCUGCUACUCGGUAUUCCCAUUGCCUAUCCUCGCCUGACCUGGUUGGAAAACGUUUUCUCUAGCCCUUUGAUUGCACCCAUGAAGUUCUUGAACCGAAGAUUUGGCUUUGGUGGCGGUCUCUUCAACCAUUUCGAUGGUAGUGUUGAUUUGCUCGAUGAUCUUGACGACCACUACACGGCCAAGACUCAUAAGAAGGAGCGUAACUCAUUCGUCGAGCGCCUUCAGACAAUCUGCUCUGAAUUCUCCAUCAGAAUCACCAUCCUGGGUGGUGACGUCCAUCUUGCUGCUUUGGGACGCUUCUACUCGAACCCCGAACUCAAAAUCCCCGCGGUGCACGACCAUCGCUACAUGGUCAAUGUGGUUUCUUCUGCCAUUGUGAACAAGCCUCCACCGGCCGCCAUUGCAAAUCUGCUGGCAAAGCGCAACAAGAUUCACCACCUCAACGCAGACACGGAUGAGACGCUCAUGAGUCUAUUUGACAAGGAUCCUGGUGACAGCAACAAGACAAUGAACUCCAACCAUGUCACGAUGCCAAGUCGCAAUUAUGCCAUCUUGACGGAAAACUCACCCAACAACCGCGCUGCCACCGCCAAUGGUUCUGUGAAUGGAGCUGUCACCAAUGGUACCGAUGCCGAGCACGCCGCGCCAGCAGGUGACCACGAAUUCGAGGGCAAAGAUGGUCAUGCUUUCCUGCACAAGGGUGAAGCAGGAGCCGGCACGAAGCACAAGGCUGCAUCGCCUGCCACGCAUGGCAAGAACAAUGACGGAUCGUUGGACUGCUGCAUUCGUGUAGAGAUUGACCAGCACAACCGCGAGGGUCACACGGAGCCAUACGGCUUGACCAUCCCUCUGCUUGAGCAUCUUCCGGAAAAGUACCCGCCUCCUCACCACCACCGCCUCCACUUGCCGGGUAGAGGCUCAAGACCAGGAACGAGUGCGAGACCCGGCACUACAGGGGCAGCCUCGGCCGGAAACCGACCGGGCUCUGGAGCCGCCACGGCGGCCAGCCAUUAG